AUUAAAAUUAAUAAAAAAUCCGUAAAAUUUGAUGUUACUGUUUUAACGUAAGACCCAGGUAUUGAAAACAAGCUAAAGUUGUUUGUGAAUUUAGCCGUAUUUAAAAAAAAGCUUGUAUAUUCGCAACAAAUUGGAAAAAUGUUUUUUCAUUCAACAAUUCGCAUUCGGAUUUCUUUGAGUUCGCGUAUUAACAAAAUUCAUACUGUUGUUUAUCAUCAUUUCUCGUUGCUACAAUCUGGCAACACCGUCCAUUGGCCAGCACGAAAAUGCGCAACUCGGUUUCUAUUUCUAUCUUUCGCAUUUCCAACGUCUUUGUGAUCGGUUUGUUGUUGGGUCGCGGAUGCCUAAUCGUCGUUAGCUGAAUGGAGCGGGUUUUGUCAAUUGCCCGAUAAACCGUCACUUGUGCCGAGUGUCCGCUCAAACAAAAGUCCUUUGCUUGAAGUUGUGUAACGAAAACAGAGGUUUCGGUGCGUAAAACUGCGCCAGAGGCAGAGUGCUGAAAAAUAAAAACAACCUGACUACCGAGCGCUUUUAAUUACACACGUGAAUUAAAACAACAAGAGAACACAUACUAAGUACGUAACGCAGAAAUCGAAGAAAAACUCCGAAAACAACAACAACACAGUAGUCCUGUAACUAACACCGACAUGCGUGACGUAAUUUGUGUAUUUAUUCUAAAACGAAAUUCGAGGAAAAUGUUUAAGUAAAUAAAUAAUUGAUAAAAGCACCCGAAAAUGUAAACGGGAAGUGCGCUUUAAAGCACAAAUAAGUAAAAUAAAAUAAUAACGAAUAACAAACGCUUUCGAUUGUGUGUAUGUAAAGUGAAUUAAAUGAUAAAUAUAAAUACAUACAAGAUCGAGAAAUUCAUCAAACUUGAAGAGUGACAAACUUUAAAACGACAGCAGCAACUUAAAACGCUUAGCAACAAUGUUGCACAAUAAUCGCGACAAUGAAGAGUUAAAAACAUCAACAUCUACAACAACAACUACAACAAUAGAAGGCAAUGGAACAGAGCCAACAAAUAGAACGCACUUUGCGACAUCAUCUGCUGCAGCAUCGACAGCAGAAACAUCAGCUGGUGAAGAGGAAAUAAAUGCAACAGCUGAGGGUCAACUGCCGCCGACGACAACAGCUGCGGCAUACCGAACGGAAUUAGGAGAAACAGCUGAUGCGCUUGCUGCGUCGAAUGCUGCUACUGCUGCAGAAUCGCCGGCAUUCGAUGUUCAGAUGCGAACGCAGCAACGACAGAAGAUCAAGAUAUACCACGAUGCCAAGCAGACGGCGGUAUGGCGCACCGAUUCGCUGGCCUCUAAUCCCAGCUCGACCAUGUGUCCGGAUUUCGCGAAGUCUGGAGCGGGAGAAGGCACUCCACCCAUGGGCCUGCCCCCGCGGGGCAUCAUCUUGUCCACAGCACCUAGUCUUCUGCAACGUAAAUCCUCUGACAGCUCGCUCACCUCGUCUAUCGCCCGACGCGUUUCCUUUCCGGAUAACGAGCUGGUCACCGGUUACCUGGAACCCGCCAAUCCCUGGAAACAAGUUCGCCUUGUAAGCAGCAUUUCCGAGAUUGUUGAUGAGUAUGAGCAGUCAUGUCAGAAGCAUCACACAAAGCCGAAGGAGAGUGUAACAGAUCACCUAAAAAGUCUUGAUCUAAGCCAGGCGCGGCAGCCGCUUCUCCCCCUUAAGGGGAAUCAACUGGCCGCCAACGACUGCGAAGCCCUCGAGGAGAUUUUUAAAAGGAUACAAUACAAAUGCAUUGACUUGUCCGACUGCACUCUGGACGAGAGCUGCUUGAUGGCCCUCUUUCAGAUGAUCGAAUACUAUGAAGCCUGUUACGAGCUGGACAUUUCCUACAACAAGGAGCAGAUGUCGAAGCGCUGCUGGGAACUGUGUGCCUAUAUGGUGGAACGCAGCCAAGCGCUGCAGCUGCUCAACGCCGAGAGCAACCAGAUCACAAAGUUGGGAGCCGACAGCCUCGGUCGGGCCCUGGGCUCCUCCAAUCUGCACACUUUAAAGCUGGAGCACUGUGGCCUCAGAGGACAGCCACUCGUCCAUCUCUUAUCAUUUGCAGGUCGAGGUCUCUACCAGAACAAAACGCUCAAGGAGCUGUGGGUGGGCUACAAUGACUUGGACUGCGUGGAUGCCCAGCAUAUAGCCGAUAUGCUGCGCUACAACCACAGCCUGGAGCUCAUCGACAUUAGCAACAACAACAUACGGAAUGAGGGAGUCAUGCACUUGGUGCAGGCACUUAUCCUUCAGUCCACAGAGCUGGAGCGACGAAUGGGAGCUCUUAAGCGAACACGUGCCAUUGAGGUAGACGAGUGCGUAUCGCCCGUGGAGACGGAGCCUGCGGCAGCACUACCUCAGUCCGCCAGCUCGGCCACCAGCGUCGAUAGUGAGUUGUCUUCACACGUUACCUCGAUUCCUGAGACUCCGUUGGAGGAGGCAGUCUCUACCGAUCCAGCGGUAGGCAUACUAGUUGACGUGGAUAAUGACAAUGACGACGAAAACACCGAGGACACUGUGCGCACUGUGAGAAACUGCAGCCAAAUCGGCGGGCAGUCCAUGCUGGACAAGCUGCUCUCCAUGAACAGCGACAGCAGCAGCGAGGAGGCGCCCUCCAACAUAUCCACCGACACCCUGGCCGCCGUCUGCUCCGAGGACAUCAGCGAGAUCAGUAACGACAUUUUUGAAGCCUCUACCGCCAAGCAGCCGCCAGCAGGAGACGAAGUCGAUCCGGCCAUGAUCUCAAGCAGCCCAACGGAGUCCGAAUCUGUGGCUCCUGUUUCUGCGCCUGAGGAGGAGCGCCUGUCUCCGGCGCAACAACAGCAAAGUUCCCAAAACGAACGCAACUUAUGUGAUAUUACUCCCUCAACAGAGGCUAAACCCGUUGAACCCAAUGAGUCCUGUGUACAGAACAACAUCAUCAACAACAACAAUAACAACAAUGCUAACAAUUCCCAAAACAAUACCAACAAUAACAAUACAAUCCAAUUGUCGGCGGGAGCAGGAGCUACAGCAACCAUAGCAGUAGUAGCGCCGCCACUGGAAGUCGAAACCAGUCCCAGUGGAUCGGCACCAGCGGCUAUUUUCGAGGUAACCCCUGAGGAGAGCGACUGUAUCAAUGGCAGUGGAGCGGGGGCCGGUGGCUCGCGGCCGCUGGACGUUAACAAAAACGCCAAAGUGGCAGACGACUUCGAGGACACGCACAGUACGGACUCGGCGUUUGAAAGCGCCUCCGAAGGCGACAUAAGUCGCCAUCUGCCCGAAGAGUUUAGCAGGCUUUCCGUUUCGCUGGAGAGCACGCGGCUCGAUGACAUGGCCAAGGAGAUGUGUGGCAUCGAGACGGCCACCAUUGCUACAGAGUCCACCGAAUGUCUGCUUGCCGCCCAGGAGGCAGCCACACCUACUCCUGCUCCGGUAGCCGGAGCAUUGGACAAACUAGAUGAUCCAUUCCCGCCGCCGAAGGUUACCAUCGCCGAGGAGUGCCUGCAGUCGAACAGAGAACUGAGCCAAGACCCCUUCCAGUGUCCCAGUCCGGCGCCCACGCCUCCACCGCCGUCCACGUCGCCGGGUGGAGCUAGCAUUGGGCUCAGGCGAACCGAGUCGAGCUGUGCCUACCUGAAUCAGUCUACGCGCAACCGAUCCCAGAGCUCCGACAGCCUGUGCAGCGAGACAUCGCUGGACGGCGGUAUGAGCAGUGGAGCCAGCAAUAACAGCGUCAGCUCUACUGCCACCGCCGAUCCCAAGUUUGCCGAAAAGCUGACCAAGAACGACACGCUUUCGCGUCGCCAGCUGGCUGAGGCCACACUGGAGGCCAAUCGCUCGCCCAGCGGUCUGAAGGCCCUCACUUUGUGGAACAAUAAUCUGACCAAGGACUGCGCCCCUGCUGUGGCCGAGCUGCUGGAGAAAACCAUUUCCCUGGAACUGCUUAACAUUGGCAAGAAUUGUCUGUCCAAUGAGUUUGUUUCGACCAUUAAGGACAGUCUGACGAAAAACACAACUCUGACCACGUUGGGGCUACAGAGCGCCCAUCUGAGCGCCAAGGGUUUCGAAACGCUGGCUUCCAUCCUCACGUUUGGCGGCAACAGCAAGCUUCAGCGUAUCGACAUUCGAGACAAUAAACUAGAGGUGGAAAGUCUGAACAUAAUCGCCGAAGUGCUCAAGUCGAAUAAAACGCUCACCCAAAUCGACAUCAACGAUGAACCCAAGCGCCUGACGUUGCCCAUAGUGCCGAUAGUAAAUGUUAUACCGCCAUCGCCAUUGCCCCAGGAGAGCAUUGGCAGCGAUGCCCACUUGGAUUACACGAGGGUGCUGGGCACCGUGCGUUCCCUGUGCUCGCGAAACGAGAAGCGGCAGGUCCAGGAGCUGGCGGAGAAGGCGGCUAACGUGGUCGGCGGCAACAGCAGUCUUGGCGGUGGCCUUCCGGGCCUGCGGUGUCGCGGCGGUUACUACUUGGGCUCGCGGAAGAUAUCGCUGACCUGCCACAGUCGCCCCUUCGUGGACGCGGCCACUGGCACGGUGACAGGGACGACGACCGCGACCGCUGCAGCAACCGCCCUGCCCACACCGGCCGCCCUGCUGGAGGUGAAGCGGAAGAGCGGUCCCCGUCUGCGCUCGCCGGGACCCAGUCCACCCACCAUAUCGCCGUCGUCCUCGCCGAACCGUAGCCGCUUUCAAGUGUCGCGCGUGACGGAAGUGGCCAGUCCAUUGAUCUCGCCGCUGGCCCAGCAUCCGCCCCCACACACGCCGCGUUCGGCCAGCAGUUGCAUGUCCAUACCCACCAUCGGAUCGCCCAGUGGCAGUCAGAGUAGCCUCAAUGCCGUUGGAGCUCUGCCCACCUCCAGCUCGCUGCCGGCGAUGGCUUCUGUCACUUCGUCGACUCAGACUGUCAAGCGGCUGUCGGUGUCGCCGAGAUCCCGCUUCCAGGUGUCUCGCAUCUACGAGGAUCCCCAGGUGCCAAUGGCCAAACGCCAGUUGCCGCCGAUCACGCCGCACACGCCACCCAUCGACCUGCCACCCACGCCCAUGCUUAAAUCGGCACGAAAGGCAGUCAUGCUGUCUCAGGCAGUGGAAGCAGCAGUAGCUGCGGCGGUGCCAGUGAGCAGUGUGGUAAUUGUAGAGGCCUGUGAUGAUAGCGCCGACGCACACAAUAGUACAAAAGUCGAAGAGGCUGCCGUGCAAAAGCUUACGCCGCACUUGACCAUCUCGCCCACCUCAAGUCAUUCUAGCUCAACGUCGCCCGGAUGCAGCAGCAGCAGCAGCAGCAGUAGCAGCAGCAGCGGGAGCAGUAGCAAUAGCAACAGAAGUACCACCACCGAUGCUACAGACUCUGUAGCUUCAGGCCCAGAAACUGCACCCAGGACCUGUCCCCUGGCCGUGUUCGGGGAUAAUGAUAUCACAUUGACCAAGGAAUCGGCCGGUGUGGUUGCACUCUCUGCUGCUGCUGCGGCGAGCCACAUGAAUCCGGUGCUGGAAACUGAAGCAGAACCGGUGCCGCUUGCCGAGCCAGUCAGCAAUGCCCCACAAACGCGUGCCCGAAAGACUUCGUGGAUAGCGAAUCCGUCGGCGGUGGACAAGCUGCUAACAUUGUUUAACUCGGGCACCAUUUUCCAGCGCAGCUCCUCGCCGGAACCCAAAGCGAGUCAGUUGAGCACAGUGCCCGCCGCCAACCAGAUCACAAACAGCACUCAGAACGCCAUAGCAGCAAGCGUGGGAGGAGCAAGCGGAGGCGACUGCAGUACCACCACCUAUAAUCCUAUUCUUUCGGUCGCACGGAAAACUUCGCCUGCAUCGUGGACAUCGCUGACCGGUAGCAACAUCUCCAACUCCAGCCAAAAUAUGUCCUCCCACACGGAUACGGGCAGCUCAUCGUUCCUCGACACAGCAUCUAGACAGCUAAGGGAUUUUAGCAAGCAAGUCUUUCGCCAGAAUAUCUCCUUCAACAACAGUGGCGAACAAGCGGCCUCGGGUGCUGCUGCUCAGCAUGAGUUAAGUGCGGGGACGUCGGCUUCGAGCAGCACGGAGUCGCCAUCGCCGCCGGAGGGCAAUGCGGCCCACAUGCCGCUCAGUCUGAAGCGUCAGUUGAAGGAAAACAUUUCGCCGGAGCACACGAUCAACGAGGAGACUCUUCACACGCUGCAGAAACUGUCGAGGGCCGAGGAUGUGGCGUUAAAGGCGGAGGCAGCUACAGAACUGGGCGACAUCGAGAUUGUAAUGCACAGUGAGGUAGCCGACUGCCACCUGGCAGAAAACACACAGCCAGAGCAGGAAGAAGCAUGUUCGAGUGUCGUUUAAUAGAUGCUACAACCAAAUACAACUAGAUAGUGCGCAAAUUGAUAUAAAUAAAGGCAGGGAACGGAAAACACACAGUUCACCCGACAACAAAUCAACACCCACCCAGCAUUCCCAUGGCUCUCCUUUGAUACUGUACCCCACCCGCCAUGAAUAAAUGGUAAUGAAGUCAGAGAUUGUGGAUGAUAAUGGAAGUUUGGGUUUACCCCUAACCCAAAAAACAAAUAUUAUGAAGUACACAAGUUAUGUCUAACUUUGUUUUAAUUUUGGUUAAAUUCUUUUUAAGUUUUUUAACAAAAGAAAAUAUAAAUAUAUUUUAAUUAUAAAUAUGGCAUAAGAAAUGCGAACUAUAGUGCUCAAUAUUCACUUCAAGAAGAACGCUACCAGAAUACAAAAUCAGCAAACAUCUAGAUUUUGUAUUUUGUUGAAAGUUUUUUUUUCAUUUUUUUUGAAGUGAAUACUGACACCAAAAUGGAUAAACUAUAAUGAAUGUAAAAUAUUAAAACAACAUUUCAAAUGUACACACAUGUGAAAACACUAUUUGGCUUAGUGUGUCCAUUAAUGGCUGGCUUUUAAAAAUGUUGCAAUAAGGAGCGAAAGUCGUAUAGAGUUUAGAUGCAAACCUUGUACUUACCAAUCCAAAUGAUAACAGAAAAGUUAACAACAACUAGAAUCAUAACCCACAAAGCCACUGGAAACACAUUGUUAUACGUACUUAAGUUAAUUUUGUUCUAUUCGAAGAGAACGAAUAAUUAAACGUAAUAAGGGAAAUUGUCCCGCAAUAGGAUUAAUUUUUAAUUGAGUGCAAUUCUUAAUUUUGGUUCGUUCCUUCUCUACCUUCUCCAACUCGCAAGCAACUCAAACAGAAUGCAAACUGGGUUUGUUCUGCCCAAGUAUUAUAAGUUGAAAACAAAUUUCAAAACAAAUACAUACUUAAAUUAGGUACUUAAUCAAUCGGUACUUAUUAGUCGGUUGCCAGUAAUUAUGUAAUUAGCCAGCCCACCAGUCAAGUCCAAACCAGUAGACCAUCUUAAGUUCAAUGUCACUGUGCAAUUAAUCGUAUAUUCUUAUUACACACCGCAAAACCCAACAACGGAAAUGAAGCGCAAACGAAAACAAAAAGUACCCAAAAUAAUCCAAUUGAUCUCAUUAUGUGAUAUUUGUCGUAGUGCCCAAAGCGUUCACUGUACGUGUAUCUAUAACCAAAUCAUGUGAGUUAAGUACAGGGUGUACAUACGGCACACUCUAAGCUCUAAGUGAACUUACUCAAGCCCAUCCCCCUCAAAACCAAUAAUAAAGAGAUAUUCCGAGAACAGCUUUAGUUAGAGUUGACAGAGGAAAAAUAUGUGAACUUUGCAACCUUUUAAAAUGCCAGCCAUUAAUGUGCCUACACAAAUGUUAUAGAUAAAAUUAAUGAACACAACAAAAACACCCAUAAAUAUACAUACAUACAUAUAUAUAAUAACAUGUGAACAUAUUUUGAUUCAUGGAAGAUCUUGUAAAUACCGCGUGUGUACUCUCUAUUAGGAAAUGGGAAGUCUCUAGACAAAGCUACCCCGAACUCUGCGUUUUUUUUGCUCUUUGUUAACAAUUUUUGUUUUUGUUUACCAUUUUAUUGUUCAAAACUAUAAAUGUAACUAUGGAUAUAUGUAUAUCUCUACAUUAUGUACGUAUUUAAGUAGUGAAAAGCAAACCAAUUUUUCAAAUAUUUUCCAAAAUUGAUCAUUUUGAGUUAUAUGAAAUUACUUAACAAAUGUAUCGUACUUAAUUUACCAAGAGUAAAAGAUAUUGCUGGUGCUUAUCAAUUGCUAAGAGUUUGCCUUAUAGCUAGAUCAUUAUUUUUGGCAAGUCAAAAUUAAUUUGUUUCGAUUUUAUGAUGCUAAAUUUGUUUUUUGUCAAUAGCUAUGAUUUUGUUUUUACAUUGGCAAGUUUAUUAUCUAUUUAGUUUAAGUUUAAAAUUAGAAAAGAAAAAACACUAAACCGAAAAAUUUAUUGAAUAAAAAUGAAAGUUGUAAUGAAA